AUGGCUAAGAAUAAGAAAAAGUCUAAGAGCACCGUUGACAACACUCCUCGAAUAGAAGCAAGCGAAAAGGACGAAAAUCAGGAAAUUGAACAUGAAGAACAAGAUGAGCAGCAGAAUGAAGAAGAAGAGGACGACGUAGACAGUGUACAAAAUGCAGAUCUGGCAGAAAUGAAAGAGGAAACCAAUGGCACGGCGAAUGGUUCACAUUCCUCUAGUGAUUCUGACCUCCAAAAACUUCUUUCUGAUACAAUCAAAGAACGUGACGAGUUCAAGUCGUCAUACGAUAAUCUUUUGUCCAAGCUCUCGUCCAUGAGAUCUGUGUUUGCCAAAAUGAAAGAAUCUGAAACAGAAUUGGAACAAGUUAAAGAAAAAUUGACCAGCGUCGAAGCAUCGAACCAGACGCUAGUAAAUGAAAACACGAAAUUGAAAGAAUCCAACGCAAAGUUGACAGAACAAUCAACGUCGUUGAAUUAUGAAUGUGAUAAAUUGUCUACCUCUUUAACCCAGCUUAGAAGAGAGCUCCAGUUGAAAGAAGAAACUUUGCUGGACGAUAAAUAUAACUUGGAAAAUGCAAACUCAAGGUUAACCAAGAAGAUUGGAGAAUUGAAAUUAGAAUUUCAAGAGUUGAAGCUAGUCAACGACGAAACUAAUAUGGAAGUGAAGAACCAGAUCGUCACCUUGGAGGAGUUGCAAUCCAAAUUGAAGUUGAAAGACGACCAAAUUGCUAGUUUGCAAGAUGAAGCAAACUUGAAACGGAGCGAAUUUACCGCUAGCGAACGUAAAUUAACCCAGCAGCUCAAAGAAAGAGAUGCCGAAAUUGAAACAAUCAAAUCAGAAAGACAGGCGUUGGUCACCGAGAUUUCCGACUUGAAGUCGAAAUUGGAAGGUAAAGAUACCGAAGUAUUGUCCAUGAAGACAGACUUAGAAAAGAUACCCACGUUGGAGUACGACAUAAACAACAAACAAUUGCUUAUCGGAAAAUUGCGUCACGAAGCCGUUAUACUCAAUGAGCACCUAACCAAGUCAUUAACCAUGCUCAAGCAGCAGCUGGGCUCCCCUAAUAAUACCAUAGACAAGGAGCUUAUAUCCAAUGUGGUGGUUAGCUUCUUGCAAUUCCCCAGGGGAGAUCCUAAGAAGUAUGAGGCUUUACAGUUGAUAAGUGCAUUAUUGGCAUGGGACGAGAGCAAGAAGGUUGCUGCAGGGUUGAGCCAGGGCGGACACGUAAUACAGGGCUCUGGUACCGCAGCAGGGCAAGCGGGUGCACAAGGAGACAAAAUUCCCAUUAGAGAGAGUUUUGUGAGUCUCUGGACAGAUUUCUUGGAAAAAGAGUCAUCUGGAACAAAGUAG